GAGGGUGACACUCUAGAAGAGACAGGGUGAGAAAGAGAACACGAAACUGACAGCCUCUUAGAUCUAAUAAGUGGUCGAAGAUCUGUUUACUGGGUUAACUAAAGUUUUUUAAAGCCAGAGUGAUAAAAAAGGAACAGGUCAAGAUGCCUAAUUUUGCUGGAACCUGGAAGAUGAGGAGCAGUGAAAAUUUUGAAGAACUCCUCAAAGCGCUCGAUGUUUUGUGUAAUGUAGGGGUGAACGCUAUGCUGAGAAAGGUGGCCUGUGCUGCAGCCUCUAAACCCCACGUGGAGAUCCGCCAGAACGGCGAACAGUUCUACAUCAAAACCUCCACCACUGUGAGGACCACAGAAAUUAACUUCCAGAUAGGACAAGAGUUCAACGAGGAGACCGUAGAUGGGCGCAAGUGCAAGAGCCUGGUCACAUGGGAGACAGAGAAUAAGAUGACCUGCAGGCAAACCCUUCUGGAUGGUAACGGCCCUAAGACAUACUGGACACGAGAGCUGAAAGGGAACGAACUCAUUCUGACCUUUGGGGCCGAUGAUGUGGUGUGCACACGGAUUUAUGUACGGGAAUGAGCACUGGAUGGAGGGAUAUUCCAGCACUUGCAGCUUUGGAGGAAUAACAUUUCGUCUGUGAUUAACUUGCACUGUUGCGUGUUCGUUGAUACUUUCUUCUGUUCUGACUUCAUCACCAUUUAUGUUUGUUCAAUUUAAUCAUUAGAUUCACUUUUAUAAUGUGUUUAAUGUACAGUGUUAGUCGGGCCUGGCUCAAGCUCUAAGAUGAUUUAAGGAGGGCCGCAGGACUCUCAGGGUGGGCUGGACAUUUGGGGAAUUGUGCAGGCCUGGUGUUAGUUAUAUUCACGGUUAUAUCUGACAAACCCUCUGGUUUACUGCAGCCGUAUCUAAUGAUCUUUAUUAACUUUUUUUUUGUAGUCAUUGACUGUGCAUGAAAUAAUAAAGACAUACAAUUGUUAAUGAUAUGAUUGUACAUUUUUAAAUCUCUUUAACCAGCAUAUUUCACUGGAACACCCCGUUGAUCCCAUUCAUAAGUUUAUAUACCCUUGAAUCUUAAUAUUGUAUGUUGUUGAAUGUUCCACAACUGUUUUUGGUCACACUUUAUUUCAUAAUAAACUCUUA